AUGUCUUGCUACGACCUGUGCCCCACCACCAGCAGCAUCGCCUGCCCCCAGCCCAUGGCUAACAGCUGUAACGAGCCGUGUGUCCGGCAGUGCCCCGACUCGACGGCCCUGAUCCAGCCGCCCCCCGUCGUCGUCACCUUCCCCGGCCCCAUCCUCAGCUCCUUCCCCCAGCAAGCCGUGGUGGGCUCCUCCGGAGCACCCGCCUUUGGGGGCUCCCUGGGGUCGGGGGGCCUCUACGGUGCCGGGAGCCUCUACGGUUACGGGGGCCCUCUGGGAUAUGGAGCCCAGUAUGGAUAUGGGAAUCCAGCCCUCUCCACGCUUGGCAGCGGGUACUGCAGCCCGUACUCCUCCCGCCGGUACAGCCGGUUCCUCCGCAGCAGCUGUGGGCCCUGCUAA